AAAUCAGUAGCGGUAGAACUAGUCGCCAAGAACAGACACAACCUUCAGUAGAGAGUUCGAAACAUUAGCGUUGUCUAGAUAUAUUUAAUGUAUAUAUAUGGAAAGUGAAAAGAUUCCGUGAAAAUAUACAUAAAAAUUGAUACAGAAAGAACGUAACUUCGUAACACCCGCAUCGCAAACAAAAUGGCCACUCCACAACUGAUUGACGAACUCUUCGCCUUUAUUUAUCCACUUGCGCAACACGCUGGCGAAAUGCUACUCGAGGGUUACACAAAGGUUGAGAAACAGGUUAAUAUCAAGACGGCAUUCUACGAUGUCGUCACCGAUUAUGAUAGUAAAAUUGAAGAAUUUCUAAUUGAACAAAUAUUGGCAAGCUAUCCGGAGCACAAGUUUAUCGGCGAAGAGGAUACAGCAAAAAAUAAUAAUGUAACUAAAGCAUUAACCGAUGCACCGACUUGGAUCAUCGAUCCCAUCGAUGGUACAGCGAACUUUAUUAAACAGAUACCACAUGUUGGUGUCUCAAUUGGUUUGGCGGUGAAUAAGCAAAUCGUGUUGGGCAUCAUCAAUAAUCCGGUGCUAAAGAAAUUCUACACGGCAAAACUUGGUGGCGGCGCCUUUUGCAAUGGCAAGCCUAUGCAUGUGAGCAAUGUUACUAAGAUGAAGGAAGCGUAUACGUCAAGCGAAGUGUCGUUGUUGCUUUCACGCGAAAUAAGUAAUACGCAUAUAAAACGGAUUUAUCAUAUUUCCUUAAAUGCUAGAAGAUUACUCGCAUUUUCAAGUGUCGUGGAUACCUUAGCCAUGGUAGCUGCCGGUAAUUUAGAUGCUGUAUUCAUCGAGCACAUGUACCCAUGGGAUUGUGCUGCCGGUUAUUUGCUCAUACGCGAAGCCGGUGGCGUUGUAACACAUACCUACGGAGGACCAUUUGAGAUUAUGAAACCGGAUUUAAUAGCUGCGGCCACUGAGCCGUUGCGUAAAGAAAUGGAGGAGCUCAUAAGGAAAGCCGAUCAAGUGAAGUCGGUUGGCGGUGAUUAACAAUAAAUGUUGGUGGAAAUUUAUUAAUGUAGAAUGAAUGAUGAGGAAUAAUGAACAGUUUCACAGACUUUCUUAUUAUUAUGUUCUUAAAUAUUUGCAAAUUUUUCUAAAAUUUUAUUUUAACUAAUACAUUAAAUUUAUUGAAUACAAUUUUUAUUUAAUUCACAAUUCAAAGGAGAUUUUUCCCCUCAACUACUUGCAAAUAUAUUUUUUUAGAAUUCGAA